AUGUCUACCCCGCCUCUCUUUCUUUCUUUCUUUCUUUCUUUCUUUCUUUCUCUCUCUCUCUCUCUCUCUUUUUCUAUUCUAGAGCCUCUCCUUCUAUGUGCCACACGACUGAGAUGCGCUCUGUCCGUAGCCGGGGACACACAACUGAGAUGCGCUCUGUCCGUAGCCGGGGAGACACGACUGAGAUGCGCUCUGUCCAUAGCCGGGGGAGACACGACUGAGGCCCUCUGUCCGACACACACGACUGAGAUGCGCUCUGUCCGUAGCCGGGGACACACGACUGAGAUGCCCUCUGUCCGCAGCCGGGGACACACGACUGAGAUGCCCUGUCCCCGGGGAGACACGACUGAGAUGCGCGUCCCCCGGGACACACGACUGAGAUGCCCUCUGUCCGUAGCCGGGGACACACGAACUGAGAUGCCCUCUGUCCGUAGCCGGGGACACACGACUGAGAUGCCCUCUGUCCGUAGCCUGGGACACACAACUGAGAUGCGCUCUGUCCGUAGCCUGGGACACACAACUGAGAUGCGCUCUGUCCGUAGCCGGGGACACACGACUGAGAUGCGCUCUGUCCGUAGCCGGGGACACGACUGA